AGCCAGGGUAGGAAGAGCAGCGACUCUGCGCUGUAACUUUGCUGCCUUCUAUUUAAAGACUGUCCUGAGUCAGGAGAAGUGAGUGUUACUGGGGAUGACAGUUGCUUCAGGCAGCCCUGGGGAGGACAGGGUUGGGGGUAAACAUCACCGGCGACGGCCUGAGCAGGGAAGGGAAUGGAGGGGUCCCACAGCACUGGGUGCGACAGGGCAUCUGAGACCUCAUCCUUCAUAGGAGAUGAAGAAGAAGAGGAAGAAGAGGAGGAGGAGGAGGAGGAAGAAGAGGAGGAGGAGGAGGAGGCUGUGGACCCAGAGGAAGCAGAGGAGCUGACUAAUAGUUUAAAAGACCUUAUCCAAAGUGAAGAUGUGAAACCCAAGCUGCAGUACAUCAUGACUAACCCUUCCUUUUCUAUGGUAACAUGCCAAAGUGAAGACAGUGGAAUAACCUGGGAAACCAACUCGAGCAGAUGUUCUACUCCCUGGACCUCAGAAACUAGUACAGCUUCUGAUCUUUACAGUAUGGAAAGUUCACCAGUAGGUUCUCCUCCAGGAAAAGUUAUCUUUAUAAUGGAUGAAGGCAAGAUUGUUCGGAAAAGGACACGCAAAUCUUCAAACAGGGUGCCGAUGGCUACAAGACAGAAGGGAGGCCAGAGCAAUAAAAAACGUGACUCUUCUGGAAUGCAGAGGCAAGAACCAAGAACUGUUCUAGGAGAUGUGCAGGCCUCCAUGUUGAAUGUAGAGCAGGUGGAAGCACAAGACACAGAUGAGGAAAUGUUGGACAACAAAGAAGAUCUAGAGAAUAUCGCAGAAGAGCCCGUAAAACGUGCUCCAAUAAGAUCAAUAUUUAGGGAGAGCAGACUGAGGAAAGUUGGUCCAAUUCUUGGAGGACCAGUACAAGCUAGAAUCCAGCUCUUCAACUCAAUUUUUGGAGGGACUGGGCCAGCCCCUGAAACACUGGAGAAAAACAGAAGCCGGAGAAGUAGCUCAGCUUCAGGAGAUUCUGAAAAGUUCCUUGAAACAUCAGUAAAAGAAAGGCUGCAGAAGUUCGGUUCACUCUCAGAAGCAACACAUCCGAAACAUUUUCAGGGAGCAAGAAGUAAAAUUCUUGAAACACCUUCUGAGAGAAGAAGGAAACAAAGACAACAACUCACAGAAGAAGCAAAUCAAAGCUUUUCUUCACCAGCACCACCUCUUGAAAAACAGCUUACUAAGAAAAAUUACAUUUCAUCUGAAAAUACUGAAUCUUAUAAAAUUAAAGAAUCAACUCUUCAACAUGAAGAAAGAAAAGACAGACAACCUCUUUUGGAGACUCCAAAUCAGGUUUCAGGACACUUGCUGAAGAAUGAAGAAGAAGCCAGGAAGCAGCAAAGUCAUUCACCUGUGGCCAAAACAUCAAUAACAGAGUCAACAACCUCCACGUCACUCAAGUCUGAUGAGAAACAAGUGCUGCUUCCCUCAGCUGAAAACGCAAACAAGAAGCCAGACCAACCCCUGCUGACAGCAUCAGAUCAUCUGGAUGAAGUGAAGAAGCAGGAAGUUCAGCCCAUUUCUGCAUCACAGUCUGUUUCAGCAGAUUUUGUUAAUGAACUAGAUAGACCACGCUCCCAGCAUAUUUUGCCUACAGAAUCCGCAUCAGAACAUCCUGAGAGGGAAACAGAGAAGCCUUACUUACCUGAUGAUCCAUCAGCUAAAUCCAGAUAUUCCACUCUAACUGAAAUAAGACAGGAAGAUACUAUUCCUCAGUCAUCAGAAACUCCACAAUCUGAGUCUGAACAUGAGCUUUUAAGAUAUUCUGGAAAUGAAACAGAGAAGCAAGAAACCAAGUGUCCAUCAUCAACAAGUGCACUGCCAGAGUCAGAGAGUUCAGGUCCAAUGUAUUCAGCUGAAAGAGAAGAGGGUCAAAAGAUCCCACCCUCAGAAACUCAAAGUGUUCAUUUGGAUAACCAAACAAAGUCUGAACAAUACUUUUCCCUUCACGAAACAGAUAAGCAAGGAAUUAAAUUUAAACCACCAAUUCCUGAGAAUAUAGAUUCCAAAUAUUUCAGCAUUUCAUAUCCUACUCAUACAGAAACAGAAGAAACACAGAAAACUUCAGCUAUAAAUAAAGCAGUAGAUUUCGAUCACUCUGAUUUUUCCAUUGAAGAAAACAAACAAGCAGAAGGUGGGCAAAUGAAGAUGGAACAUCCAGACCUCUCAUAUUCCAACGAAGAAACUGGAGAAUCAGAGACAACACAGAUGGAGACAGAGCAUCUGGAAUUCUCUUCUCCCAAUGAAGAAACAGAGGAAUUGAAGGGUGAACAGAUGGAGAUGGAGCAUCCAGACUUCUCCUUUUCCAGGGAAGAAAUAGAGGAACCAGGAAGUGCACAGCUAGAGACAGAACUUCCACAUUUCUCAUAUUCCAAGGAAGAAACAGAGGGAUCAGAGAGUGCAAUACUGGAUACAGACUAUCCAGAAUUGCUUUUUUCCGUAAAAGAAACUGAGAAAUUAGGGACAUCACAACUGGAGACAGAACAUCCAGAAUUUUCUUCCAAGGAAGAAACAAAAGAACGAGAGCAUGCACAGCUGGAGAUGGAGCAUCCAGACUUUUCUUUUUCCAGGGAAGAAAUGGAAGAAUCAGAUAGUGUACAGCUGGAGACAGAGCAUUCAGAUCUAUCAUAUUCCAGAGAAGAAAUGGUGGAAUCAGAGAGUGCACAGCUGGAGAUGGGUCAUCCAGACUCUUGUUUUUCUAGGGAAGAAGUGGAGGAAUUGCAAAGUGCACAGCUGGAGACAGAGCACUCAGAUCUAUCAUAUUCCACAGAAGAAAUGGUGGAAUCAGAGAGUGCACAGCUGGAGAUGGAUCAUCCAGACUCUUGUUUUUCUAGGGAAGAAGUGGAAGAACUGCAAAGUGCACAGCUGGAGACAGAGCACUCAGAUCUAUCAUAUUCCAGAGAAGAAAUGGUGGAAUCGGAGAGUGCACAGCUGGAGAUGGGUCAUCCAGACUCUUCUUUUUCUAGGGGAGAAGUGGAGAAAUUGCAAAGUGCACAGCUGGAGACAGAGCACUCAGAUCUAUCAUAUUCCAGAGAAGAAAUGGUGGAAUCAGAGAGUGCACAGCUGGAGAUGGGUCAUCCAGAAUCUUCUUUAACCAAGGAAGUAGUCAAGGAAAUGCAAAGUGCACAGCUGGAAAUGGAUCGUGUUUUGCUUUCCAUGGAAGAAACAGAAAACCAAGCAUUCAGUUCUUUUGAACUGGAACAGUCUGAAGAAGAUAAACAAGAAGAAAAAGAAGAGCUUGCAGUGGUACAUUCAGAUUUAUCAUCUUUGAUGGAGGAAGCAGAGAAAGAAAACAGUACAGAAAUCCAGUUGGCACAUUCAGAUAUAUUUGAUUCCACCGGAAGGGCUGAGACACAACAAACAGGGUAUCUGGAAACAGCAUUUUCAGAUUUACCAUAUUCCAUGAAUAAAACAAAGGAGCAAGAACUGUCACAAAGUGACAAAAGAGAACAGCCACAGCAGGAUUCACAGUCUGGAGGUAAGCUGGAUUCCUCUGCCAUGGCAAUGCAAGGAGAAACUACUCGGCUGCAGUCAGAGCAUCCAGUUUGGCCACAUUCUACCAGAAAAGAACAGGAACGUAAAACUUCACAACUGAAGGUGGAACAGCCAGAGACAACAUCUUCCACUGGCAAAACAGAACAUCAAAAAUUGCAACCAAAGCUGGAACAAACUGAUUCACUGUAUUCCCACGGAGAAAUGGUACAAGAAGCUGUACAAAGAAACGUAGAAGGUCCAGAGCCAUCAUGUUUCACUAGUGAAGCAGAGCAACACGAAAAUAUACAAGUAGUUUCAGAAAAGAAGGAUUUAUCAUUUAUCACUGGAGAAGUCAUGCAAAAAGGAGUGGAGUCAGAAACUUUGGGGUCACAACUGAUUGACAGAGCAAAGCCCUGGGAAAUGCCACAAAUGGAGCAGGAGCAGUCUUUUCCUUCCUGUUCCACUGCUGGUACUCAGCAACAGGAAACACCACCACUGACCGUGCCCCAGCCAGAUGUUUCAUGGUCCUUUGGCAGAAUGGAACAAGAUACAGUACAAAGAGAGGUGAAACAGCAGGAAACAGAUCGACAAGAAGCUGUGCAAAUGGAAACAGAGUAUUCAGAUAUUUCAGAAAGCCUGGGUAAAGAGGAGUCACAGGUUAUAGACCAAAUUAAUUUGGCACAAAUAGCUCGACCAGGGUUAGUGCAUCCAUCUUUGCCAUAUUCCUUCAGUAAACAAAUGGAAGAAGAAAUGCAAACAGAGACAGCAUAUCCAGAAAAAACAUUUUAUGUAAGUUCAGAAACAGAGAAGGAAAUCAUACAAUACAAAUCACAGCAACAAGAAAUAGUACAUCCAGAGCUAGAGCAAACAUUUUUGCCUUCUUCCAGUGAAAAAGAAGCUCCACUGGAAAUGGAAAUAACUUCAGAAUAUUCAGAUUUGACAUGUUCCUCUCAUAAUCAAGAAAAAAUGUUGAAAACCCCAACCUUACCACUCCAUUUGAAGCAACGAACCACUGAACAAGUAAUGAUGGAACAUCCAGCUUUUUCAUGUGACAGUGGUGAAUCAAAACAAGGUGACAUUGUAGAACAGGAGUCAGGACAUCCAGAGCUCUCAUACUCCAUGGGAGAAACUCAGCAAAAAUCAGAACAUUUGGAUUCACAAGGAAGCCUGAGUGAAGCAGCACAAGAUAAAAGUAUGGAAGUAGAAUCUCAAUACCCAAAUCUGUCAUGUUCUGAUGUCCAAGGAAACCUGCAAGAAACUCCACAAAUGGAUUCAAAAUAUUCAGAUUUAUCAUUUUCCUUUGGUGAAGGCAAAGAACAAUCAACUCCAAAGUUUGAGUCUAAACAUCAAGAAUUGCCUAAAGUAGCUAGAAAAAGAGCUUCUCCAGCAACUGCACAAAUAGAGUCAAAACAUCCAGAAAUUGCACCGUGGGAAAUGAUGCAUCCUGAUUUGUCACAUUCCACUGGUGAGACAAGCCAGGAAGAAGUAGCACCAUUGGAUCAAAAACACAGAAAACUUUCUUUUGGCAGAGAAAAACAGCAGAAAGCCACAAAGCAGCAGUUAGAGCAAGAAAAGUUACCACAUCCUCCUGAUAACAUAGAACAUAGAACUUUAGAACGUACCCAGGAGGGCUUGGAACAACCAGAUUUAUCAUUUUCCAUUGAUAGCCCAGAUGAUGAAAUUACACCACCAGAGGCAGAGCAUACUGGUGUGGUAUCUCCUCUGGACAACACAGAAGUACAACGAAGAGUACAUCAGGAAACAGAGCAAACUUAUCCCUUUGGACAAAUGGAAGAGGUAACAGUUCAGCCAGAAGAGGAAUUUUCACAUUUGUCACCUUCUGUGGGUACAGCAGAGGAAAUAGAAAUGGCAGAACCGGGGCAGGGACAUCCUGAUCUGCCUUACUCUGUUUUCAAAGUUGAAGGGCUACAAACAUCACAGCUGAAAUCUGAACACCCUGGUCUAGCACGUUCCCUCAGCAAGGUGCAGGAAACAAUCCAGCUGGGAUUGGAAGAGCCAGGUGCAUUGUAUAGUCAUAACAAAACGGAGCAACUCCCACCUGCACAGCUGGAGCCAGGCUAUGCAAGCUGGGCACCCCUGGCCACGGAAGUGGGGAAACAAGGGAGAGAGCACACAACUGUGGAAUGCUCUAAAAACGAACUGUCUGUCUGCAGAGCAGAGCAUCCACAAGCUGCAAAGGAGAAACAAAGAGCUCCGGAUACACCAUCCCAGAGUGGAGAAAUGGAGCAAAGAGAAAUGCUAAAAGCAGAGGCAAAGCAUCCUGAUUUAUUGCAUUCCAUUGACAAAGAAAAGCCACAAGGAACUGCACAACCAGUAUUAGAAAAAUCAGAUCUGUCAUCUUGGCCUGGCACAACAGAGAAAGGACAAACUGCUGAAGAGGAGAAGGCAGGCUUCUUGCAUUCUUUCAAAAAAGCUGCACAAGGCGAGAAAGCACGGACAGAAUUGGGACAUUCAGAAUUAUGUCAUUCUCUUAGUGAGGCAGAACAAGAAACUUUAAAUGCAAAAUCACACCAUUCGGAUUUAUCUGCUGGCAGACUAGAACACCAUGAAAUCAUACAGCCAGAGGCAGAAAUAAUGGAUUUAUCAUGUUCAAUUGGUGAAACACAGCAAACUCAAAUUGCUGAUGAGGAUUUGGAGUGCCUGGAUUUAUUUCAUUCCACUGGCACAGUGCAGCAAGAAAAGAUUCAACCAGAGAAAGAACAGACAAAUGAGUUUUCAUCCUCUCUCAGUAAAGCAGAACAAUGGAAAGAUGCACAAAUGCAGGCAGAACACCCUGAGCUGCAGUGCUCUAUGGAGGAAACAGAAGGACUGCAAAAAUCCCAAGCAAAAUCACAAUAUGCAGAUUUGUCCUUCUCUGUUGGCACAGCAGAACCUCAUAAAACAACACAGCCAGAGUUGAAAGAACAGAGUUUGUUGCAUUCAUUUGUCAAAACAAAGCCAUCAUGGGCUGCCCUACCAGAGUCUGAACAUUCAAAUGUCAUGGAGGCCACGGGCAAAGUACUGCACAUGGAUUUGUCCUCUUCUGUUAGUGAAGAAAAACAAAGUGCACAGCUGGAGGUUAAACAGGAGAGGGGAACCUAUACAUUACAGCCAGAGGAAAUAGUACAACUAAAAUUGAAACAACCAGUGUUUUCAAGUCCUCGUGGCAUGGAACAGCAACGAAAUACAUUCCCAGUGGAAGGGGAAUUCCCAAACUUCUUCUAUUCCUCUGGCAAAACACAAAAACAGGACACUGCACAAGCAGAGUUCACGCCUUCUGAUUUUUUGUAUUCCACAGGAAAAUCAGAGCAGUUGCAACCAGAACAGCUGAAUUCAAAACAUCCAGAUUUGUCAUACUCUCUUGGCAAAGCAGAGACUCACGGAAUAAAGCCACUAGAUUUAUCAUACUCCUAUGGCAAGGCAGAGCAACCACAGACUGCCCAGCUGGAGCAUGCAGAGAUACCAUAUUUCACUGGUGAAACAAAGUGGAGGGAUGGGGUCCAACUUGAACAGCCAUGUGUUAGUCUGCAGUCCUCUGAGGUUGAAACAGAGCAGCCAGAAACACCUUCUGUAUCACAUACCUUUGUCAGGACCGAGGAGCAGGGAACUGCACAACCAGCCUUCAAACAAUCAGAUUUAUUAAGUCCUAUUGACAAAGCAGAAAAGCAUGAAAUGCCCCCACUGAGAGCAGGACAUUCACAGAAGCGAGACACUGGUGUUCCUUCAUCUUUAAGUGCUCAGCUGGAAAGUGAACAACAAAAUUUAUCAUUUUCCACUGAGGAAGCAGACAGCCACAAAAUUCAACCAUAUUCAUCUCUUACUGAACAAACAGUGUCUGUACCUUUGGGUGCUUCACACACUGUUUCUGAAAUAAGCCCUGAAGGAAGUCCAAAAUCUUCACCUCUAACUGGAGGCUCAUCCCCCAAACAUUUAGAAACAUCUUACUCCCGCUGUAAAACAGAGCACUCAGAAACUGCCCAGCCUGAGCCAGGAUCCUUUUUUGCAAGAAAAGCAGAGAAUACAGAAAGUCUUCUAUGUUUGCCUGUAGCUGCAGAGUCUGAGGUUGAAUGUGAAAUUUUGGCUGAAGCUGAGAGAGAACAGACUCCACAUUACUUUCACACAGCUAUACAAUUGGAAUCUGAACAACUAAAUUUAUCAUAUUCUACAGAUAAGACAGACACUCUAGAAAGUCAAGAUUACUUGACUGUACCUUCAAAACUGCAGUCUAAACCUUCAGUUCCAUUUUAUUCAGCUGACGAAACAUGUCAGCAAGAAGUUCCACCUUAUUCAAAACCAGUCUCUGAAUACUUGGUUCCCACACGGUCCCUUGCUGAACAAGAAAAGCAAAGUAUGCAGCCACUUAUUACCCAGCCCAUACAAUCAGAGUGUGAAGAUGUAAUUCCACCACACAAUGAAAAACAACUGCAAAAAAUUCAGCUCAGUUCACCUGAAACAGCAAGCUUGAUGACAGUGCACUUGGAGAGUAUGUCUCGAGUGCAAGACCAAGACCAGCUAGAAUCUCGUUUGUUGGACACCAUAUAUUUGUCUCCAGACCAGCUAAGAAGUUCCCCCAAAUUCACUACCGAGCAAUAUGAACAAGAAAUGCAACCCGAUGUACAGACAGUGCCAAGGUCAGUGACCACAGAGUCAAAGGUGACCGGUGUAGCAGACCAGCAAGCAGUGUCAUCAGAGUCAUCUCAAUCUUUUCAUAAAUUUCCAGGAAAGUCAGAACUUGAAAAGUCAGUAUCAGUGGCUUUCACUGAUGAUGAAGAGAAACAAAAUACCCCACCAUCUUUCUCUGAUGUAGCAGACAUGCUUGGAAAGCAAUCUAGCAAAGCUUCAGGCCUUUAUACUGAAGGAGGGCAUAGAUGUGAAAUGCAAUGUUUUGAAGACCAAAAGCAUAUAACCUUGGAGCAUCUGGGAGCAGUUUCAUCAGACCUUGUUCAUGAAACUGUGACACACAAAACUCAGCAUUAUUCUGGUGACUGGGGCAGCCCUUCUUCAGCAGAGAUUAAGUCCCUUAGCUCCAGUUCUGAAGAAAAGCAGAAACCAGAUACUCCAUCUUUUGGGCUGGCUAGCUGGCUGGUAGAAGAGGUGAAAGCUCGCUCAGCUAGUCCAAUAGGGGCUGUGGAUACAGACUCACAAGGAAUUCAGCUUUCUCCAAAUGAAGCUUCUGAUUUUGGAUCAAAACAAUUCCCAGCUGGAAGUGAUACAGAACUUACAGUUCAUGGGACUACAGAGACUAAGAGACAUAGAGUUUCUGAAUCAGCGUCAAAUAAAUUUCCUCCCAGGAAGUCCUCAGACACUAGUCCCAAAACACAAAGGUAUGAUUUACCAUCUCUGGUAGGGGAUAAUCAAGGUCCAGAUAAACUUCUGGACCAUGAAACUAGUACUUCAAUCCCGACAAAAAUUGAAGCAAUGCAACACCUGGAGGUAGGAAAAAUGUCUGAAGUGCCUGAACAUUACCUGAGAGAAGAGGAAAAAAUGCAACAUGCAAGUGCUGUAGAAGACAGUCAGCAUACUCCAGAGACUACUGAACAAAAAGACCUAUUUAAUAUCAUUUCAGAAGGUUAUGAAAUACUCAAUAUUCACGCACCUACACAUAUGUCUUCUGUUGAUCAAGAAGAAAGUAAACACAUGCCUGAUAAAUUAGAAUACUUGGAAACAAAUACUUCAUUUAGAAGAAAAUUAGGUGAUGAUGGCCAGACAGCCCUAAGUUCUGGAAGAACCACAGAAAUUUCAGAAAGCUCAGUAUUGGGAAAGACUGAAACCCAUGAACUAAUAGAAUCAGUCAAAAAGGAUGAUAUUGAGGAAACUGGAGAAACUCAACAAGAAAACCUCCUGUUGCCAGAAAACAAUAAUUAUGCAAUGCUGGAUCCUAAUAAUGGUACUGCUGAUAUGGAUUAUUUUGAAAAAUACACAUUGAUUGAUGAUAAAUCCCCAAUUCAGCCACAAUUUGAAAGACAAAUUUCAUUGUCUCCUGUGACAGAAGAUCCUAAUGAAUCAAUGGAAGAAGCCAAAUCUUUUAAAGAAAGUACUGAGGUAGAUACUUCGGAAGAGUUUUCCUUGCUUGAGGACCUGGAUGAAGUCUUUUAUGGUACCAUAAAAGGAGAAAGCAAAACACAGUUCUAUGCAGAGGCUUCAAGACCUUUACCACUGCAGAAAUCAAUUGAUUCUAGCAGUAAAAGCUUUACAAAUGUAGAAGAAGAACAGAAGUCACCAGGGACCCCACUCUUUGAUUCAGAAGGAGGAGUGCUAGAACGAUCUCUCUUGUUCCCUACCACUGUUGCUGCAGUUAACCCAGAGCUUUUAGAGGAGCCACCUGCUCUGUCAUUUUUAUACAAGGACCUCUAUGCGGAAGCAGUAGGAGAAAAGACAAAGGAUGAGACUCCCUCUGAUGAAGAAAGUGGUAAUUCUAAUGCGUCUUUCCCUAGUAGAAAUUCAGACACAGAUGAUGGAACUGGAAUGUAUUUUGAAAAAUACAUUCUUAAAGAUGAAAUUCCAAGUAAGGCCAUAGGGCCUCAAAAAGAUCAGAUACCAGAAGAUGAAUCCUUUAGUGGAGGAAUUUUGGUUUGGAGUUCAGAGAACAAGCAGGAGCAGGGAUUUGGUGAUUUUCCUGAGGUUCUGUCAGAAAGAGGUGUUAUGGAGAGAGACAAAAUUCAGGUUGACAGCAACAUUCAAGCAACAAUUUGCAAGCCAAUGCAUGCCAUUCCUUUUGGAAGCAAAACAGUUCUUUCAGGUGUAAGAACUGAUACCACUGAACAAAGAGAAGAAGAAAAUGUAUCAGUAGAAACAACUGAAGAGUUUCCAGAGCAGUCAAGUCAACAAGCAUACACUCAACGAGUGGAUUAUCAGGGAGCCAUGUAUCAAGAAGCUGGCACUAAGCAGGAAGAACGGCAAGAUAUAACAGCAGUUCCUCAAAUGGAAAAGUACGUUCCGUAUGUCAGGGCUCCCACUGAAGACAGUGCAGAUGAUCAGUAUACUCAGGAACAUCUGUCCUGUGUCCCUACCAUUCAGCAAACAGAGAAUCCAGACUUGCAAAUAGAGGAGCAGCACCCUGAUGUGUAUGAGGAUCUUGCUGAGUCAAUGGACUAUGAUGUGAUUACACAAGAAGAGCUUUUGCAAGAUGAAAUAUCAUCUCAAUUUACACACGAGGAGCUAUUAUUUGAAGACAGGGACUCCUUUGAUCAUGCUGCUGAUAGUUAUGAAUUUGUUAAUGAGCCAGAACAAAGAAUACCUGUUGAGCUUGAAGAUUCAGGCUUUGUGGUGAUGUAUCCUGAAAAAUCAGCAAUGAACAUUCCUCAAGUUGAAAGCCCACAAAGAGAACUGAAGAAAGCACAAGCAGACACUUACUGUUACCACUGCAAAUGCCCAAUAUCUGCUAUUGACAAGCUUUUUGGAGAGCAUAAAGACCAUGAAGUCACAACACUAGAUGAUGCUGCAACCAAGAUGAAGGAUCAGUUAAGCAAAUUGCUAACAGCACUGGAAGAAAAGUCAAUGAAGAUUGAAGAGUUUGUGAGUGAUAUUGAAUUGCGAUUUAACUCAGUUGAGGAAAACUGUAAGAAAAAUGCAGACUUAUUGGAAAAGCAGAAUGAAGAGAUGCUCAAGAAAGUGGUAGCUCAAUAUGAUGAGAAAUCAGAGAACUUUGAGGAAGUGAAGAAGAUGAAAAUGGAGUACCUGUAUGAGCAGAUGGUAAAUUUCCAGCAAACUGUUGAUUCAGCAAAGGAAACUUUGGAGACAACAAUAAAAGAAACAGAUGAAGUGGAUGGAUUUGUUUUCCUAAAUUCAUCUAAAGAAUUGAAUAAAAGGUUACUUUCUGCGAUGGAUACCACUCUCUCUUUAGAGAAGGUGCCCAGUGCUUUUUCUCUGUUCGAGCACUAUGCGGACAGCCCAGGACAAAGCAACCAACACUCCUUACAACACGUGGCUGUCCCACAGACACCGACUGUCGUACCUCAGGAGCCGAACUCAGCCACCAGCACAUCCAUUGCUGUCUACUGGGCUGUGAACGACGGGGAUACCAUUGACUGCUUCCAGGUCUACUGUAUGGAGGAGCUGCAAGCCAGCAAAGAUGCAGGAGUCUUAGUGGAAGAGUACAGAGUGACAGUGAAAGAGAGCCACUGCAUUCUGGAGGACCUGGAGCCAGAUCGCUGCUACAGUGUGUGGGUCAUGGCUGUCAAUGGCACAGGCUGCAGUUUACCCAGUGAAAAAGCCAUUUUUAAAACAGCACCCGCUGUGCCCACCAUCAAGGCCGAGGACUGCACCGUGUGUUGGGACACAGCCACUGUCCGCUGGCGUGCCGCAUCCGUGUCUGCCGAGUCCUUCAUCUUGGAAUACUGCCGGCAGCACUCGCCGGAAGAAGAAGGACUCAGAUCUUUCGCUUGUAUAAAGAAACCUGAACUGAAAGUAUCCCUGGAGCCCAAUGUGAACUAUUUCUUCUACUUGAGGGCUGUCAACCCAUUUGGGACAAGUGAACAAAGUGAAGCAGCUCUCAUCUCAACUAAAGGAACUCGAUUUCGCCUGCUGAGUGACACAGCCCAUCCUGCAUUGCAAAUCUCCUCUAAUGCAACAGUGAUCCACCUUCCUGAGAAAACCAAACUCACUGGGUUUCCUUCAGUCCUGGGUGAACUGCUGCCUGCUCAAGGAUGUCAUUACUGGGAAAUUGCUGUCUCUGCCUGCAGAAGCUACAGGAUUGGGAUUUGCUAUGAAACAGCAACACAGAACAGUGUCCUGGGGUUGAGUGAUACCUCCUGGUGCAUGCAAUGCUGUCCUACACAAACCAGCUUUCUUUACAGAUUUCUUCACACCGGUGUGGUGAGUGAUGUCCGUGUGACGGAACACCUGGCCAGGAUUGGCAUCCUGUUGGAUUACAGUAGUGGCAGGCUAUUGUUCUUCAAUGCAGAGAGAGGACUGUUGCUGUUUGCCAUCAGGCACAACUUCACUGCUGCGGCUCACCCAGCCUUUGCCCUGGAGAAGGCUGGAGUGCUUACCCUGUGCACGGGAAUGGAGCUGCCAGAGUUCGUGAAGCACAGCUAAUCUGCUGCUUCACAGUUUCUAGAAAACAGACAAAUACAGCAUCAGGGGAUAGAGAGAGGAAGAGGUAUGCCAGGAAGGGAUAGCUGGUCUUCACUGAUGAAUGCUAUGUGCACAGCUCUCCUUCACAUCGUCAGUAAUUGUAGUUACUGCUCAGACACAUAAUCACCCUGAGCCUGGAAGAAAAUCGACUCCUCAGAUGGAGCAUGCACCUAGUAAUACACAGAGCAGUACUUCUAAGGGGAUACAGAAGUUUUGUUAGAUAUGAUAGUGCUAGCUAUCUUUUUAAAGUUAAUUAUGAACCCGUGUAUGAAAUAAAUGCAUUUCUCACUGCAA